AGACAAUCAAAGAGAUUAUCGUCUAAACUAAACUAAUUUUGUGUAUUGGCGAAUCAAAUUCUAAGAAUACUGUGACUCAAUGCAAUAAGAUAGUUCAAUUUUCUUCAUGUUAUGCUCAUUUCGUUUCAUUUCAAUACCGUGUGGCAUGGCAGGUGCAUAUCAUAUGACCAACUGACCUUCACAUCAACGACAGCACGUAUCUAUCGUCUUCAUCUCCUCAACUAUACAACUGUUCAAGAACUAGUAUAAAUAUCUGUAAUUAAAAAAGUACUCACAAAAAAUAAAUAAAAAUAGAAAGUACACCUUCUAUUAUUUUGUUCCCACUUCCCAUCCCGUGUCAACCUACUUGGCGGUAGAAAUCUCGAGAUAGUAUAUAAUGCCAAAAUAGAAAAAGAAUAAUAGUAGGAGUACGAAAAAAAUAAUUAACAAAGAGUAAGAAAUUCAACCGGGCAUUUCUUGCAGGGGAGAGAACAUGGAUUAUGGAUGUAGCUGCUUCCACUCUUUCUUUUUCUCUCUCUAAAAACCGAAUAACUGAUAUAAACAGUUACGAGAAACCCUAGCCAAUCCCUCUCUAGAUUCCUUUUAUUCAACGCAUCGAAUUUCUCUGUGAUCUAGUUUCCGUGAAAUGUGCUUCGCGAUCGAUCAUCGAUGAAGCAAUCUCAUCAGUGGCAGAGGACUUUGCUCCUCUGUCUCCUCUCUCUCUCCGUCGUCGCUCCGGUCAUUUUCGUCUCUCGCAGGCUUCAAGUUCUAACACGCGAUGGUCGGAGAGAGUUUCUUGAUGAUUUAUCCAGUGUUAAAUAUAGAACAAAUCCUGUAAAGUUAAAUGCUAUAGAACAGGUAGACUCGGAAGAAUUAGAAGAGCCAAAGCAAGUUGUUUAUAAAGAAAAUGAUUUUGGUUCCAAGAAUAGCGAUGAUUCGGAAAAAAAUAAUGAUUAUGAGGACUCUGAAGAAUUAGAAGAGCCAAAGCAAGUUGUUUAUAAAGAAAAUGAUUUUGGUUCCAAGAAUAGCAAUGAUUCGGAAAAGAAUAAUGAUUAUGAGGACUCUGAAGAAUUAGAAGAGCCAAAGCAAAAUGUUUAUAAAGAAAAUAAUUUUAGUUCCAAGAAUAGCGAUGAUUUGGAAAAAAAUAAUGAUUCUGAGGACUUGGAAGAAUUAGAAGAGCCAAAGCAAGUUGUUUAUAAAGAAAAUAAUUUUGGUUCCAAGAAUAGCGAUGAUUUGGAAAAAAAUAAUGAUUAUGAGGACUCGGAAGAAUUAGACGAGCCAGAGCAAGUUGUUUAUAAAGAAAAUGAUUUUGGUUCCAAGAAUAGCGACAAUACAGAAAAAAAUAAUGAUUCUGAGGACUCAAGAAUUGAGGGGUCCCGAAAUAAUUACUUGGAAAAAAAAGAAUUCGACCAUGAUGAUGAAACACAAGACCAGGAAGGACAGCAGAAAGGAUUGUCCUCCACAGAUGGAGAUCAGGAAGACUCGGAAGAAUUAGAAGCGGCAAAGCAAGUUGGUUAUAAAGAAAAUGAUUUUGGUUCCACGGUUAGAGACCCUUCGGAAAAAAAUAUUGAUCCUGUGGAGUCUAGAAUUGAGGGGUCCAGAAAUAAUUUUUUGGAAAAGAAAGAAUUCGACCAUGAUGAAACAAAAGACCAGGAAGCUCAGUGGAAAGGAUUAUACUCCACGGGUGGAGAUCAGAAGAAAUUUAAUACAACAGUUAUGGACAAUCAGAAUAUACAAACUCCCUUUCAAAGAAAGAAAGUUGAGAAUAUUAUUAAAGUUACUGAAAAGCAAUCUGGUUUGACAGUAAGCCAACAUCGUUAUAUUUCACGCCAUCGGUCUCGCAAAGUGACAAAUCAGACAGUUUUGGAGAUUAAGGAUCAAAUUAUCAGAGCCAGAGCAUACUUGGGAUUUUUUCCACCAAGCAGCACCUCACACUUGGUGAAGGAGUUAAGGAUGAGAAUUAAAGAGUUGGAACGUGCUGUUGGAGAAGCUACCAAAGAUUCAGAUCUUUCAAGGAGUGCUUUGCAGAAAAUGAGACACAUGGAGGGUUCACUGUCUAAAGCCAACCGAGCUUUCCCAGACUGCUCUGCUAUGGCUGCUAAGCUCCAUGCGAUGAAUGAUAACGCUGAAGAACAAGUUCGUUCUCAUCAACACGAAGUAACCCAUCUUGUUCAUCUUGCUGCUAGGACCACCUCUAAAGGUCUUCACUGUCUUUCUAUGCAACUAACUGCUGAUUACUUUUCCCUGAGGCCUGAGGAUAGAAAGCUGCCAAAUGAAAAUAAGAUUCAUGAUCCGGAACUUUAUCAUUAUGCUGUCUUCUCUGACAAUGUUCUGGCAUGUGGAGUGGUUGUUAACUCAACUGUGUCUAAUUCCAAGGAACAGGAAAAACUUGUUUUACAUAUAGUGACCAAUUCACUCAACUUUCCUUCAAUCUCAAUGUGGUUCUUAUUAAACCCUCCUGGGAAAGCCGUCAUCCACAUACAGAACAUAGACAAUUUUGAGUGGUUGUCCAAGUACAGUACAUUCAAGAAACAAAAUUCCAGUGAUCCAAGAUAUACUUCUGAAUUGAACUACCUCCGUUUCUACUUGCCAGAUAUCUUCCCCACUCUAGAUAAGAUUCUGCUCUUUGAUCAUGAUGUGGUGGUGCAACAAGAUCUCAGCACACUAUGGAAUAUUGACAUGAAUGAAAAAGUAAUCGCAGGAGUUGGGACUUGCCAGGAAGGUGAAACUUCAUUUCGUAGGAUGGAUAUGUUCAUAAACUUCUCAAAUCCAUACAUUGCAAAGAGGUUUGAUGUCAAUGCUUGUACAUGGGCAUUUGGGAUGAACUUGUUUGAUUUGCAGCAGUGGAGGAGGCAUAAUUUAACUGGUGUCUAUCACAAAUAUUUGCAAAAGGGUUCCAACAUGCCAUUGUUUAGCGCCGGCAGUCUGCCAUUAGGCUGGCUCACCUUCUAUAACAAAACUAUGGUUUUGGGCAGACGGUGGCAUAUUGUUGGCCUUGGUUAUGACUCGGUCGUUGACACAAAUAAGAUUGAGCAAGCUGCUGUUAUCCACUUUGAUGGAAUUAGGAAGCCAUGGAUGGAUAUUGGGUUGGCAAGAUACAAGAGUUAUUGGUCCAAAUAUAUCAAGUUUGACCUCCCUCUUUUGCAACGUUGCAAUAUUCAGGCGUAGCCCCAACAUCUAAAAUGAUUCUACUUGGCAAGUGUUGGUUGACUAGUUUGCUGCUGGCACAUUUAUUGAUUACCUGCCUUAGUCGAUUCUUUCUUGUUCUUGGAAAUUCUUCUUGUAAAGCCCUUUGUAGCUCACAGAACUUUUACAUAUAUUCUUUUAGAAAAUUAAGCUAUCUGUAGUGGUAUAAAGAUGAAAAAUAUGACUUACAAUGGACAUGUUAGGUGUUUGGAGAUGCCAUUUGUUGUGUAAAUAAUGCAUUCCCGUGCUUUGUUACAGGUUAUGCCACCAUAGUUUACCAUUAUUUUACGUCAGUUUCGUGCAGACUAGAAGUCGAAGAUAUGUUUUACUCUGGACUUUGGAGGAUAGAUUUAUAUGAUUAUUGAAAUUACUUGGUGCUUCUUUAUCCUGUUGCACGAGGCUAGAAAGCAGUGGGUAUUCAAGUAUCAUUCGUGUAAUAUUAGUUUAUUGUACUAUUUAGGAAUACAUUUUUUUUAAUGUAAUUUAUAUAGGAAUGUUGUUACCAUCAUAUUUAUUUUCACAAUUUCAAACCAA